GAGACACAUUCCGGGCCUGUGUAUUCGUGCGUAACCCGGAACCAAAGUGCCGCGCCUGCGGUGUCCCACGGAUUCCUGUCCCCCAGCAGAGUGUUCCGGAGACAUGCCUCCAUCCGGGAGGGCGGAUUAUCUCUAUUUUUACGUUAAAUCGGAAGAGUGGGAUCGUGAUCUUGGGACCUUUACAGUGUGAUGGUUGGUGUGUGAGUGGGACUGAGCCGUACGUACCCUGUGCGUUACACAGCUAUUAUGUUGCUUUGGGCCCGGGGGUAGGGCUACACUGGCACCACUUCCCUGCCCGCUCCGGGCUCUCUCAUUAUCACACUGCCCCAAUUAUAGAUUCUUUUCUACUCGUUUGAUUCGCAGAAGAAUCACAAAGCUGCCUUUUUAUUUUGCAUAAAAUCUGAUAUAUAUUUCUAUUACUGCAGCCAGAUGAAGAUGUUACUAGAGUAAAACCGAGGUCCCAUUUUUAUUUUUGGAACCCACCUACAUGGAAGAAGGAUUGAGGGAGGCUGCUGCUUUGGGGGAUUUGGAAGAGGUGCAGAAGCUGCUGAGAUGUGGGGCCAAUGUUAAUUCACAGAAUGAAAUCAAUGGCUGGACUUGCCUGCAUUGGGCGUGCAAGCGGAACCACCUGCACGUUGUGUCGUUCCUAUUAGAAGCCGGAGCCGAUGAAGAUAUUCUAACGAGCAAAGGAGAGAGGCCAGUGCAACUGACGUCCAAGAAAGACAUCAAGAGGCUUCUGGGAGUGGAAGAACCAGAAACAGAAGAAACAAAGCCGGACUCCGAGUUACCCUUUGUCCCAAAUUAUUUAGCGAAUCCCCCUUUCCCAUACAGCUUCUCCAGGGAAAAUACCGACAAAGAACCCAGUGCAGCCCCUCUCUCUGAAAAUGGCACCUCAUGCACCCAGCCUCAUCUUGCCGUGACUCACUCCUCCUUAUCCAAUGGAAUGGAAAAUGUCUGUAUAUCUACCUCUUCGACGAGUGAAGAUCCCCUCCCCGCAUUAUUCUUUAACAGAGACGUGCAUGUUGCCCCAGACUGUGCGCUCUCCCCAGUACAGAGCGGCCCUGUCUGCUCCCCUGCUGUGCCCCCAAACCGCAGUCUUUUCUCCCCAGUUUCUAACAGCCACCAUCAUGGAAGUGUUAACGCCGGACCUAUGCAAGUAUUUCAGCCGUUCUUUUUCACCGGCGCAUUUCCAUCCAACAUGAAAGAACUGGUCCUUAAAGUGAGAAUUCAGUGCAGCGCCACAGGGGACAACGAUUUCAUUGAAGUGGAAAUGGACAGGCAGGAGCUUACGUACAGGGAGCUGCUACGGGUGUGUUGUGUGGAGCUGAAAGUCAGUCCAGAGAAUGUGGAGAAAAUUAGAAAGUUACCCAACACUAUGCUUAGGAAGGAUAAAGACGUUGCCCGAUUACAGGACUUCCAGGAGCUGGAGCUGGUCCUGAGGAACAGCGCCGACCGAUUUCGGACAUCGACGUCCCUGACCGAGAGGCCUUGCUUCAACAAGAAAGCUUCGCAGCUAACCUACUGACCCAGUGGCGGUGCCGUGGCUCUGCCCAGUGUAUUCUAACCCAGAUUGACGUAUAUAACAACAAAUUAACUAUCACCUUGCCAUGACACUAAAAGUAGAUUAUUUUAAGAAGCACAGAACAGAAGAAUACUGGUAUGUCCGGCCUGACACCUUCUGACCAUUGGCCGGUACUGGGGUUCCAAGAGACGUAUACGCAACAUAUAACUUAAUGUUUAAUUGCCCACAACGCUUAGGGCGAAGACACACAGAGCUACUUAGUAGCAGCUACUUUUCACAGCUACUAAACGCCAGAAAAUCCCCUGCCAUAGACAUACUGAGAAAUGCCUAAAACAGACAGAGACACUUUGUAGCCAUGACAAGUAGCUGCUACUAGUUAGUAGCUCUGUGUGACUUCACAUUUACAAGCUCUUUUGCCCGGUUCUUUGGCUCCUGUCACACUGAAGCCUAAGGGCAAGAACUCAAUUCGGGGGUGAGGUGCCCACCAUAGAUCUAUGCUAUCCGAAGUCACACAAGGUUGCCUGCAGGAGGAAAUUUUGCGCGACUUUGGAUUACCGAAGCAAUGCAAAGGGCUUUCCACCGGCGACUGGUAGUUGGUUGCCCACAAUAGCAGAGAUCUAUCGCGAGUGACUCAACCACUCAUUGGGACAUCAGCCUAAAAGUGCAUGUAAAGCAAUUUUAUAUUAAGAGACGGGUGGGUAUAAGUCCCUAUAACCGCAGCUGGACGGCUGCAGAUUUGUUGUGACAAAAGGCAAAUGGGACACUGAAUUUAGGUCCUUUGGCCACUGUAUCUUUUUUUAUAGUAAAGCAGGGAGCAAAGCACCUUAGAUCGCCCGUAUGCCGUUGCCCAAAGAGACCCGUGCCAACAUAGGCAGUAUUAAUGCAUUGUUUGAAUUUGCUUUGCCAAACCCGAAGUGAUGCUGACACGAGCCAAUCUAGGCAUUGUGCUGCUAUGGACUCGCUGCUGGGCCUCCCGCCAUUGGCCAGGCCGAGCUCUGUGUAUUGGGUUCCACCUCACUGUUAUCCAGGACACAAAUAAACAGAAGCCGCAGCCUAUCAGAGCCUGCCCCAUAUUGCGGCCCAGCAUAUAGCCGACACAAUGCCUCUGUUAGAUGGCAGCCUGUCAGUAUCACUUUAUACAAGUGGUGCACCUUGUUAUAGAAAAGUCAUAUCUUGUGUGUGUUUGUGUGUGUGUGGGGGGGUGUCUUCCAGCUAAUUAUAAAGCAUUGGGCCGUGCCAUUCCUGGGAGGUGCUUCCUGCAGCCUGUGGCGCAACCCAUAGACUUUUGUGUUGCAGAGGUAUGCCCCCCUAGCAAUGCAGGUGAGAGAUGGUAUUGCACCCCGGUGGCCUAUUCUCUAAUGAUCUAAAAAGGCCUGAAUAGGACUCCUCUCAGGUUAGCAGUUCCCCUAAAGGUGGCCAUACACGGGAAUAUUCGCUCGUUUGGUCGUCAGGCAAGCGGAUCUGCUCCCGAUAAGCUCACCUAAAGGUGGACGAUACCAGGCUAAUUUGAUCAUUUGGCCCUAGGGACAAACGAUUGAAUUGCAACAGUCGGCAUAGGCGCCGUCCGAUCAGGGAAACCCAAUGGAUCCCCGAUCCAAUGGAAAUCAAACCUGGCUGAUCAAGAUCUGGCCAAUCUUGGUCAGGUAGGCCCGUCUGAAGGACUAAAAUCUGCCCGUGUAUGGCCCCCAUAGUCAGUGGUGGCCCCCCCAUCUGAAUGUCACUGCUCCUAAUAGUGAGCUCCCUGGCAUUACUUUCCCUUUAACAUAUAAAAGGUAGUAAGUUUUAAUUUCCAGCAGGGCUAAGAAGAUCCCUGCGUUUUUUAAACUCCUGCUUCGACUAAUAAAGCUGCCGAUAACGGACAGAAAAGUCAGCGAAUAAUAACAUUUCCCCCCAUAUGAGUUUUGCAUCUCUAGAUCUGUGGUUGUUGGAACUAGUCCAUAAUAUAAACCUUAAGUGGCUCCUCGUUCCUUCCCUACUUCUCAUAUUUAGGGGCAGUUUGCCUUUAAUUAAAUCUUAGUAUGAUGUAGGCAGUGAUAAUCUGAGACAGUUUGCAGUUGGUCUUUAUUUUUUUGUGUGAUCUUUUUUUUUUUAUUUUUUUGUUCAGUAGCUCUUCGGUUUAAAGUUUCAGCAGCUACCCUGUUGCUAGUGGCCUGUUUACCCUAGCAACCGUGCAGGGGUGACGAAGACGAAUAGAAAGAUAAGGAAAAAGAGAAAUAUUAUUGGCUGCUGGGGUCAGCACAAAGGCAAGUUAUUAAAAAAAAUGAAGACCAAGUAAAAGCUGCUAAGAAUAGGACAGUCUAUGAUAAACUAAAAGUCAACAGCCCUUUAAAAGCAAAUUUUAGAAAAAAAUUGAGGAUUAACGGAAUUCUUUAUAUGGGAGGAUCCAUGUAAUAACUAUUGUGUGACAAUGCUGCACCCCUCCGGUGACUGCACACUGGAAAGCCCCACAUUUCUUGGCUGGCUGAGGAUUCUGGGAGAUGUAGUCUGCAGUGGCUGGAGAGCUGCCAUUUUGCUUCCCCUGUCCCAUUACAUUAAAGGGACGGUACACAGUAAAAUAGGAAUAUAUGGAUUUGUUUUACGUUGAAACUUCAGGCAGAAUGUAAUUUCAACGCCCAUUUUUAGCGCACAUUUGUGGCACAAGUGGAUUUUGGCGUGUACUGUCCCUUUAACAUGGGUGGGUGACAAACUGCUCUCUCUGAGUCUGUACAGAUUUGCUGUCAUUCAGUUACUGUUUACAAAUAAACAACUGCAAUAUUAACAUGA